AUGUCUUUCAUCAUCGCUCCAGCCUGGUUGCGUCGUGACAUCUACUUUCUGCGGAAAGAGCAGCCCUCAGUGAGACGGGCCUUGCCACCGGUGGGCUGGCAGAGGACGGUCGAGCAGCCGGCGCAGACGACGACGGUCUGGGCGUGGGAGAAAACGGUGGUGAUGGUGAAGCAGCCGGGGCACUUGACGUCCAUGAAGAAGGAGCGGGGAGCAGGCACAAGUUGCUAUAACGUCGGGAGGGUACCAGUCAGCCAUCCAAACCCACCAACUCUGUCGGUUCCCAGAAUUGGUGUCUUAUCAUACCUUGAGCUUGUGCUUGCGGGCCUCGGCCUGAGGCGUAGGGUUGAGAAGGUCGACCGCGAGAACCUGUCGGGGGAGAAAAAUUCUGGUUAG